GAAGACCAAGCGUUCCCAGGACAACGAAACGCCAAACAACUGACCGAAGUAACCCGCGGCAGCUACUGACCCGCUCAGAAACACCGAGGAUUAACAUUCGCCUUCAGUCCAUUCGAAGUUUUCUGGGUUAAAGAAAGUUAAAGGCUUGAGUUGAGAAAGCGGGAAUCCAGGAGAAUAACCUCAAACAUGAGUGGUAACAGGAUGUACAGCCACCAGCAGAGGUUAAUGGCUCAGCGGCGGGUCCAGGAGCAGCACCGGGAGCAGGAGGCCCAGCGGGUGGACAGAGAGCGGCAGGUCCAGGCCAGCCUGAGGGAGGAGGAGGGCUUCGAGAGGAGGAGGUAUCUGCGACAGGUGCAGCAGGAGCUCAAGGAGAAGCAGAUAGAGAGCGCCCUGCUCAAGGCAGAGGAGGAUCGAGUUAACCGGGAAAAGCAGCUUGAACAGGAAGAGAGAAUGGCCAGGGAGCUGGCCCGCAUCAACCACGAGAAGCAGAAAGAGGAGAAAAUGAGGCAGUAUAUCAAAGAGAACAGCAUGGAGCUUCGAGAGCUGGAGUUGAAGCUGAAGUCUGCGUACCUGAACAAGGACAGAGCCGCACAGAUUGCUGAGCAGGAGGCCAUGAGGUUUGAGACAAUGCGUGAAGAGGCAGACUACGGUCGCAAGAUGAGGAGUGAGCAGGAGCGGGCAGCUGUUGAGCAGCAGAAGCUGCAGCAGAAGCGCCAGGAGGAGAUGGUGCAGUAUCAGAAAGAGCUGGAGCAGCAGCUCAUGGAGAGGGAGCGCAGGAGACAGGAGGCGUAUGAGGAGUUCCUCAAAGAGAAGCUCAUGGUAGACGAGAUCGUCAGGAAGAUUUACGAGGAGGAUCAGAUGGAGCGGCAGCUGAAACUGGAGAAAGUCCGAGCCACUCAGCAGCAUAUCGAAGAGUUCAAGAGACAGCAGGCCGAGUGGAGGUGCAUGGAGCGAGAAAGGAUGGAGGCCGAGAACCGGCGCAUCAUGGAGUUUGCCAUGCAGCAGCAGCACAUGGAGAAGGACAGGAUAGCCAAGCUCAAAGAGAGAGAAGAGGCGAAGGAGCAUCUUCAUAAAUUGCUCUGUGUGAAGAUUGAGGAGGAGCAGCAGCAGCGUGAAGAGAUGGAGCGCGUUCGUCAGGAGCUUUAUUUGGAAGAGCAAGAAGAGGCUAACAGGCAGAGAGAAAUCGAAGAGAUGGAGAAGAAAAUCAGACAGAGGCUGAUGAUGCAGCAGACCUUCCAGGAGCAGCUGGCUUUCAAAGAGAUGUGGAGGCAGGCUGAGAAAGAGGAAGAGGAGGCCUUCAGGAAGAUGAUGAUGGCCAAGUUCGCAGAGGACGACCGUAUAGAGCAGAUGAACGCCCAGAAACGACGCAUGAAGCAGCUUGAACACAAACGUGAGGUGGAGAAACUAAUAGAGGACAGAAGACGACAGCAGGAGGCCGACAUGGAGCUGGAGGCUAAAGAAAGAGCGAUUGAGGAGCAGAAAGAGGCGUUGCGGAGACAGAUCGUUGAAGAAGAGAGGCAGAGGCUUCUGAAGCGUCACGCAACACAACUCCUUGGAUACUUGCCUAAGGGCUUGCUGCGGGAGGAUGACCUGGAACACUUAGACGAAGACUUCAGAAAACACUUUAAAACACGUCAGGCUGAUGCGUUCUCUGAUGAUGGCUGGGAGGCCAACGAUUAGAUGCUUCUCCUCCAAUCUGCCACUAGAGGGCAGUGUAGAGUUACAGAAGUAUAGAUACAAGGGACCGAUUCAGGGACAUAUUUUUAUUAAGAGGUGCUGACAGGCACUGAGUUAACAUCAUUCCAAAUAGACGUGGCAACUCAGUCUGCCAAUGUUUAACUGAAGAGACAAACCAAAUCUAUUUAUCAGUUUUCUGACAAUGUUCUGAGAGACAACUGGGGCCUACAACACAAAGAAGUAUCCUUAAAUAACAGUGAGGCACUGUUAAGCUUUUUAGCUUUUAAAAAAUAGAAGUGGAGACAUUCAGUGGUUAUUACUUCCCCCAGUCUAGAGCCUUCAUGAAUUCUUCUUCUGUGAAGCUCAGCAGCUUAGCAGCUUCAAAAUGCAUCUGCACACACAAAAAAAAACCCUUAAGAUUAAAAACUAAGCACAGUAUCCACUAACAGAGUAACAUGAUGACUCGUACCUUUUGCCUUUUGAGAAUGUCGAUUAGCUUCAGUUGUUUCUUGAAGGCCAUGAUGAGUUCGGCUUUCUGCUUUUUUAGCAUUUUGUUUUCAGCCAGCAGAUUUUCUUUACUCUGAUGUUCCUCAGUUAUUUUGUCCUUAUUUAUAAAAGAAGGCAAAAAGCAGAAAUUAGUGCAGGCUCAGCAGGACCUCACCUUGUUUGUGCAAGCUGAAGUUGUCAGAGCAGAUAUUUUAGUGUGCAGCUUAAAAUUCAGUUCUAUGUACAUGUGAAAGAUCUUCAAAAUAAGAUGUUGGUGUGAGGGACAUAAUAGCAUUACCUUAACUCAUAUUUUUUCUCUGCAUCUUUAACUACACCUAUGAAUGUCAUGUCUAUAAAAGUUUUUCUGCUAUGCCUCUUUAAUUAGAAUUGCUGAUAUACAAAUAAAUAUAAGACACUUUGUGGCUGUUGUGUCUCUAUAACAAGA